AUGGAUCCACUGACAGCCAUCGGGCUGAUGGCAAACAUUUUGGCAUUUGUCGAUUUUGGCCUUAAAGGCCUUAACGAAGCCAAAAUAGUCUACAAAUCCUCAUCAGGUCUCACUGAAGAAGCUGCCAACCUGUGGAGAAUUGCGGAGCAAAUGCGUCGUUUCGCGAACAAUCUCCAGACCCCGGAUCCCAUGGAACUCGAUGACGGCGAGAAGGUCCUCUGCGCAUUAGCAAAAGACUGCUGCAAAGAAACGAACCUCAAGGUCGACGCUACUUUCGCUCUGGAGGAAGACAACGCGCUUGUGAUCUGUACAGGAGUUGACGGGGAUGACUUCCCACUGCUUGCCAGAGAAAUCUCACAUGGCCCAUAUCAGAUUCCGUCAUCAAAAUGCCUUGCCACUUGCGAAGAGCGCCGACACAUCCGACAGAAGAUUACGCGCCUACGCCCACGACAGAUCAUUGAGCUGUCGUCUUUCGAGAACAAAGCCCGGCUUCUUCACCUACUCGAUGAGAUCAAUGGCAAGCCAGAAGCUAAGCUUCAAAUAGGAGAAGAGGGAAUCAAGGAAGAUGAGCCUCGGUCCCUACCCUUAGACGAGAACCGGAAUACUGGGCAUGAAGCGGUCAACGAAGGAAUCGGUGUGGCACUUGAGCAUCUGGGAAAGCGAGCCAUCCUGCCGAAACUAUUCGCGCAUGUUUUCAUCGUUCGUUUCGCUGCCACGCUGGUCUCAGUAUGGCUUCUGAGCCAGCUCUUUGAACUCGCUUUGAGACAGAUUCAUGCUUGA